CACAAGAAAACGACAGUCGUCGACGUCUUCCAAGUGACCAGCGCCGCGUUUUUGGUGGCGGGGGGAAGGCGGGGAAGUCCUCAAAUCUCAAGUGAGGCAACGCGCCCGCUCGAAUCAGUUUCAACCGAGUUAUCGCGCUGAGUGGUUGUGUCGCGGUUUGCGUCACCUCUCGGUGAUUUUUCAUUCUUUGUUUUUCGUUAUAAUCAUUUUUUUUUCUCUUUAUUUUAACCAAUAUAUAUAUAUAUCUAUCGUGUUUUACUCUACAUUUCUAAGCACACGCAUCGAGCACUUUUCGACCAAGUUGUUUUACAUAAUACCAGCAUCAUGAAGGUUCUGGUGCCUCAGCAACUACCCAUGCCGAAUGUGUCGAAUUCCUUUUUUCCAUUCAACCCCAGCCUGGAAGAGGAAUUGAAGCGACUUUUCGCCGAUUUCACUAUCAGCCCCGAUGUCUUCACGCAGCGUAAUGAUGUGAUGGAGGAAUUCAAGCACAACGGGCAUGAUUCUGAAUACUGCCCGGAACUGGAGUCUGGUGCCGUGCCCACCCCAAAUCCGCGCAGAAGGAAGAACAAGAAACCGCUGCCGACAGAAUGCGUAUUUUGCAAGAACAACGGGGAGGAAGCACAUUACUAUCGCGGUCAUCUGCUGAAGGAUGCCGACGGCCGAGUAAACUGCCCCAUUUUAAGGGCUUACACGUGUCCGAUAUGCGGUGCGUGCGGGGACAUUGCUCACACAAUCAAGUAUUGUCCAUUGAACAAAAACCCGGAGGCAGUGGCGACAGUGAACGCGUUGAAAGUGUUGCGAAAUUCGACUGGAAAACGCCGUUCGAAGUAGCUUCGAGAUCCCCCAAUCAUCCGCAUCACCGUCAUCCUGAAGAACGAGUCGCGCUGCGCUGCCGUGUGAAUACCUUCUUUCUGUUGGACCAGCGACUGCAGUAUCCGCCUUAUUUUUUUUUACCUCGAGCAUGAACCAAAGAUAUUUUUCGAAGUCUAUAGACUACCCUGAGACGCUGAGAUAAUCAUUCGCAAUCUUACAAUCUCGUGAAACGCUCUUGCUUUGGCUUCAGCAAAAACGUUUCAUGCCAUGGUUUAGGAUUUCGAACGAAUUGCGAAAAUCUCUGGACUCUGGGUGCGCCUUAUUUCCCUUUCCGCCUAUGAAUAAAGUUCGAAAUAUACCUACGGUUGAUUCCUGUAGUUAUAUUUUGUAACCUUGAUUCAUUCUGACUUCUUAUUUAUCUUCAGUAGUCAUGGGUUGAGAUAAAUUUCGCUGGCAUAUCGUUUUCAUUGUCACACUAUUUUUAAUCUUAUUAUUUUCACACGACAACGUCCGCGAAGCUGUAAAUACGAACAUACGAGUCCGAUAGUCAAAUCUGGGCUACGGCAAAUACGUGAACAAAAAAAAAACUGCUUCGAAAAUCAUUCGAAACCAAUCAGGUAUCAUCAUCUUUUAAACGUUAAGAUCAGUAGUUUUCGUUACGUUACUUUUCUAUGCAAAAUAGAAAGAACAAAAUAUCGAAGGUUUAUUAUGAUGAAUAGCUAAAGAACGCAACUAUCUUUAUGACAUAUAAGUAAGAUUUUCUACAUUUAAAAACAUUUUUUUCCAACAACUGAUCAUGGUUUACAACAUGACAAGAAAAGAGCGACAAUCACGACGUUGUUUGAUAAUUUUUCAAUACAUACUACUUUCAUUCUAAUCAUGAUUUUACAAUCUCCCCGUACUUACGCCAUAUGAUUAUAGGGCGGUAGGUUUUACGUAAAUCGCGCGUACAGAUCAGAACACAUGCCUGUGCUUGCAGUCAUAGUAAAUCGAGAAUCUUUCAUAUGUACACAACACCGCGCGCGAUAUUGCUGCUAAGUAUCCAUCAAAACAUCAUCCAAAAAUACAUAACCAGUUUUUUUUUUUCAAAAACUUGAACAGUAUUCUACUCUCAAAUUGGAAAAAACUCUGAAAUAACCCAAGUUGAAGAUAGAAAAUAAAAUAAUCCCGACCUCUGUUUCAAUCGUCUAUUGCGCAAGCGGAGUAACGACGCGAUUUGGUAUUGUUCUUUUAUUUAUUAUGUUAUAAUAUUUAUUAUAUAUAUAUAUAUAUUUAUAUAUAUAUAUUACUACCAUUGAAAUCGGGUUUAAAAAUUCUCAUUCCCAAAUCGCCAUUUCCUCGUUCCCACCACUAAUCUUCCGCUGCCGUUCGAAAAUAUGGCCAAUUUUCGAAUCCCUUGCCCCAUUUGCCCCCCCCCCCCCCCCCCUCCCCCCCCUGCCGCGACCCCUGAUUUUAUCAAGUGACGAUUUUCUUUUGUGAUUGAGUGAAUUUUUUACUCUGAUUUCAUCCCUUAAAUAAUGUCAACUUGCGUCUUAGUCCGUGACGAUUGAUGCAGUCUGUAAUGGGAAGGGUAAACGUGUUUUUUCUUUUCGUGUUUAAGCGGAAUCGAUAAAUCAAAAGUAUUGUAUUGGUAUGGGUGAUAUUUUUUCU